AUGCGCAGCCUGCCUGCAUCGAUCAAGUGCGCUGUUCCCGCUUCAAGAUGGACUCACGUCCGAGAUGUCAGGGUCCAAGCCCAACACCGCGCAAGGUCUUCCUCUGCUGGCGGCCAUAGCCUCCGUCAGGUGCUACCGAGGAGAAACUUGGCACAAGUCAGACCCGAACCUAUCUCAGAAGUCUGGUUUACGGCCGCUUCACCCAGAUACGGUCCGGCGGAGGAACUGCUUGGUCCCCCAAGGCCGGGCGGCAAUGACGACCACAAGCCUCCGGACGAGCGACUGAUCAAGCUAGGGAAGACACUACGGAUUUUGUCGCCGCUCCUACCCAACAUCCUCACGACUCCUCUUCCCACCGCGAUUCUCUCGCCGAACAUCUCCCUCCAUCUGUUUCCCUCGACCCAUCCGCAUCUACCAGCUAUAAAAGGCCGUGUCGCUUAUCGUGCCUCUCUCUGGACAACACCAGUGGCAUGGGGCUGCGUUCCCAUCGUCGGCAAUGUCAAGCUGAAGAUCCUCUCCGAGAAGAUUGUGCGCACCGGUCUUGCAUACGCGAUUCCCCCAGAGGCGAUUGAGGGCGAGCAAGAUCUCAGCGCAGAGAAGCUGGUGGUAAGAUGGAAGACCGAGCCGAAAAGCAACGGCCAGGGCAGCGCGAACACAGAAGCCGCCCAGUCCAGCACAACUGACGGAAACAUAAACCGUGGUUUGUCAAAACUAUUGGGGGGAGAUAAGCCCAUCUUCAACUUGAACAAAGGCGACGAUUUCACAGGUCUGUUCAUAUUCACAUUCGACUCCAACGGCCGCAUCGCAAGCCAUACGAUCGAGCAUUCGGACGAGAGCAACGGCUUUGACAAGACCAGCAAGGUCGUCACUCUGACAGACUGGCUCUUGGAAAAAGUAAAGUGGGGACGAAACAAGGAGCAAGAACUCAUUCCCGGGCUGGCCAUGAGGGUAUGCAGAGAUGAGUGGAACAUUAGAAGAAGACUGCCUCCGAAUCCCUGA